AUGUCGAAAGGGAAAGUCUGUCUUGCCUACUCUGGCGGCCUUGACACUAGCUGUAUCCUCCGCUACCUGCUCGACGAAGGCUAUGAAGUGAUAGCGUUUAUGGCCGAUGUUGGCCAAGAGGAAGACUUCGACGCAGCGAAAGAGAAAGCUCUCAAGAUCGGCGCCAGUCAAUGCUACAUCGAGGAUCUCCGUCGUGAGUUCAUUGAAGAGCUUUGCUACCCUGCCAUUGCCUGCAAUGCCAUCUACGAGAAUGUCUACCUACUCGGCACCUCUCUCGCUCGCCCAGUCAUUGCGCGCGCGCAGAUAGCAGUCGCGCAGAAGGAGGGUUGCUUCGCAGUGAGUCAUGGCUGCACCGGCAAAGGCAACGAUCAAGUGCGCUUCGAGCUGGCAUUCUACGCAUUGCAACCCACGAUUAAGGUCAUUGCGCCUUGGCGUGAUCCGGUGUUCUACAACCGAUUCAAGGGCAGGAAAGACUUGCUGGACUAUGCGGCAGAGAAGGGCAUUCCUGUGACGAGCACAAAGAGCAAACCCUGGAGCAUGGACGAGAAUCUGGCACAUUGUAGUUAUGAGGCCGGCAUUCUCGAGGACCCAAACACCACGCCGCCGGAAGAUAUGUGGAAGCUCACGGUCGACCCUUUGAAAGCGCCUAACGAACCUGAAGACUUUACGCUCCACUUUCAGAAAGGCUUACCGGUCAAGCUGGAAUGCAAGGACGGCGUAAAGACGGAUGCAGUGGACGUCUUUCUCACCGCCAACGCCAUAGCGAGACGGCACGGUGUUGGCCGCAUUGACAUUGUCGAAAAUCGCUUCAUCGGCCUCAAGUCGCGAGGCUGCUACGAGACGCCAGGGCUCACCAUGCUACGUGCCGCACAUGUCGACCUCGAAGGUCUAGUCAUGGACCGGGAGAUCAGAGCGCUGCGGGACCAGUUCGUCACCUUCAACUACGCCAAGCUGCUGUACAACGGUCUGUACUUCUCACCCGAGCGUGAGUUCCUCGAAGACUCGAUCACAGCCUCGCAGAAGCACGUCAACGGCUCGGUCAGGUGCAGAGCUUUCAAGGGCAUGUUCAGUGUGCUUGGCCGAUGGUCGGACACUGAGAAGCUGUACGACGAGAGCGAAAGCAGUAUGGACGAGAUCGGCGACUUCCAGCCUCAAGACACCACGGGCUUCAUCAGCGUCAACGCGAUCAGGCUGAAGAAGUACGGCAAGGCGAAGGAAGCGAGCGGCGAGUCGCUGGUUAAGCACUGA